CGCUCGGGCUGCAGUAGGGGCUACUUCAGAGAUGGUACUGGUGGCUGGCUGUUAGGUCGCUCCAGGAAGGCCAAAGGGUAGGGAUGCUGCUCUGUAGACGGCUGCUUGGCUCUUGGGAAUCAGAGUAACAGCAGCGGCAGAGGAGGAGGAGGAGGCGGCGGCGAGCGACGGCGACUGUGGCAGCCGUGGCUGGGGACCCGGAUCAGAGCUGCAUAAUUGGAUUGUAGUAACAGACAGCAUUAGUCAUUUGAAAGAGAAACUGAACUUCUAAAAAACAUGUUGGAAACUAUAGACACGAGCCGAGCCUUACAAGCAGCAGAGCGUUUGCAAGCUAAACUGCGGGAACGUGGUGAUAUAGCAAAUGAAGACAAACUGAGUCUCCUAAAAUCAGUCCUGCAGAGUCCUCUCUUCAGUCAGAUUCUGAACCUUCAGACGUCAGUUCAGCAGCUGAAAGACCAGGUAAAUGUUACACCAUCUAUAUCUUCAACUGGUGAGUUCUCACAACUUCCACAUUUUGCAUCUAGUGGGCACCCUACUUCAUAUAAUGAAUCUUAUUUAUUGGGUCAAAAUAAUGGCGAUUUUGAAUCACAUAUGGGAUCCAGUACUCCUCAAAUCAAUGGGAAACCUUCAGGUGAUGAAUUUGAUCAGCUGAUCAAAAAUAUGGCACAGGGUCGCCCUAUAGAAAUUUUUGAGCUUGUUAAGCCUUCAAGUGGUGGCCUCGGGUUUAGUGUUGUGGGACUGAAGAGUGAAAACAGAGGUGAACUGGGAAUAUUUGUGCAAGAGAUUCAAGAGGGGAGUGUGGCACAAAGAGAUGGAAGACUGAAAGAAGCCGAUCAAAUCCUGGCAAUCAAUGGAUAUGCACUUGAUCAGACAAUAACACACCAACAGGCUAUCAGCCUUCUUCAGAAGGCCAAAGAUAAUGUCCAGCUCAUUGUUGCCAGAGGCUCAUUGCCUCCGCUUAUGAGCCCUAUAGUUUCCCGUUCUCCAUCUGCUGCUAGCACAGUUUCAGCUCACUCUAAUCCAGUGGUCCAGUGGCAACAUGUGGAGACCAUUGAAUUGGUUAAUGAUGGAUCAGGUCUAGGAUUUGGUAUAGUAGGAGGAAAAUCAACUGGAGUAAUAGUAAAAACCAUUUUACCUGGAGGAGUGGCUGAUCAGCAUGGGCGAUUAUGUAGCGGAGACCAUAUCUUGAAAAUUGGGGAGACAGACCUGGCUGGUAUGAGCAGUGAGCAAGUAGCACAAGUGCUCAGACAGUGUGGGAAUAGAGUCAAGCUGGUGAUUGCAAGAGGUGUGGUAGAAGAACCCAUGGUAACAGUCUCUUCAGGCAUCACAUUAUCCUCCUCAAUGUCUUCCAUGUCAGAAAAAACGGUGGAAAUGCCUAUGCAGAAAAAUGGAGAGAUUGAAACAUUUGAUGUAGAGCUCACCAAAAAUAUCCAAGGAUUAGGAAUAACCAUUGCUGGAUACAUUGGAGAUAAAAAAUCAGAAUCUUCAGGUAUAUUUGUAAAGAGCAUUACAAAAAGCAGUGCUGUUGAACAUGAUGGAAGGAUCCGUGUUGGUGAUCAAAUCAUAGCAGUGGAUGGCACAGAUUUGCAGGGCUUUACAAACCAACAAGCAGUAGAGCUUUUACGAAACACGGGACAAACUGUUCGACUGGCAUUGAUGAGAAAAACAACCAAACCAGAAAUCCAGGCUAGGUCUGAUGAGGACUUUGGCACUCCUGUUACUGUUACAAAGGACAUUGCUUUGUCUACUUCAGGCAUUAAUUUAAGCAAAGAAAACUGUGAUAAGGAUGAUAUUUCGCCAACAGUGGACACAAAUACCAGCAUGUUGCAAAUUGGAGAAGCUGAAAAGCAUCCAGAACCAGACCAUCAGCUACCAGAAGAAGUAGAAGUUGAUGAAGGACAGCAUCAAGAAGCAAAAUUGCAGAAUAAAUGGCAAAAGAUUAUGGGCCUUAAUUAUGAAAUUGUGGUUGCCCACAUGAACAAGUUCAGUGAGAGCAGUGGGUUGGGAAUAAGCUUAGAAGCAACUGUGGGACAUCAUUUCAUCAGAUCUGUUCUGCCUGAAGGGCCUGUUGGACACAGUGGGAAACUCUUCAGUGGUGAUGAGCUACUGGAAGUGAAUGGAAUAACUUUGCUUGGUGAAAAUCACAAAGACGUGGUGAAUAUUUUAAAAGAGCUUCCUAUACAAGUGACAAUGGUUUGCUGUCGUCCACUUGCUUUACCCAUUAACCAGGAUGAGUUGGAUAGGUUGAAUCUUUCUGAUAUCCAUUUAACAGAAAAGCCUCAUGUAGACCUCGGUGAAUUCAUUGGCUCAUCAGAGACAGAGGAUACUGCUUUCGACAUGACUGAUGUGGGUCAGAGUACAGAAGAGGUGCAAGGAUCAUCUUUGGCAAUGUGGGAAACCAACAUUCAACAUAUUGAGCUGGAAAAGGGGAGCGUAGGACUUGGUUUUAGCAUAUUAGACUAUCAGGUAACAUAUACUCAUUUCAACAGAAUCAGUCUGCUUUUUUUGAAGGAUCCAGUUGACCCUGCUCGCACAGUCAUUGUAAUUCGCUCAUUAGUGCCUGGUGGUGUUGCCGAACAGGAUGGAAGACUCCUUCCCGGGGACCGGCUUAUGUUUGUCAAUGAUGUUAACUUGGAAAAUGGCAGUCUUGAAGAAGCAGUGCAAGCCCUGAAAGGAGCACCCUCAGGAACCGUGAGAAUUGGAGUUACUAAACCUCUCCCUCUUUCACCAGAAGAAGGUUAUGUUUCUGCUAAGGAAGAUCCCUUUUUCUACACAGCAUACUCAUUUGAGGAGGAGGGGCCGACUGAUGUAGCCCUCUUCCAUGCUGAGGUAGCUCUGGUGGACGCAAAUGAGGCAGACUUAGCAGAUGAAUCCACCUUCGAGUCUCAGUACUCUCCUGAGGAUGAGGACGCCUUCCAAGCCUCAGUGUUAGCUCUCCAUGGCAGCGCCUGCAGCAGUGGCCUGAACUAUAGCCUCUCUAUUCCAUCAUCUCCUCCUAAGGAUAGUGGUGAAAAUUCUUCAGAUCUGCUACUUGAUUUUCAAAUGUCCAAUGAAGAUCUGUAUAAUAAGGAUCUGAUUCAAAGACAAAAUGAAAAUAUAUCAUCAGUGGAUUUGAGAAUGGAACCUUCUAGCUUUACCAGCACAGAUCUCCUGCCUGCAUCAGCUUUUGGGAACCUAUCUGAAUGUGAAAAUGCAGAGAUAUGGACUGAAUCUCAACUAGCAAAUGAAGUAUUAUCCAGUGCACAUCUUGCUUCGUUUAUGCUCCCUGAUUCUUCUAGACAAAAACCAGAAUCCAUAAUGGCAAAAGAUUCCCUGGAUUCCUCUGAUGAAUGUGCUACAUUCCACAAUAUAUCCAAAGAGUCAUUUGAGAAGACUAUUAUUAUAGCAAAAGGCAAUUCUAGCCUAGGGAUGACGGUAAGUUCCAACAAAGAUGGCUUAGGAAUGAUCGUUCGAAGUAUCAUCCAUGGUGGAGCUAUUAGUCGUGAUGGCCGGAUUGGUGUGGGGGAUUGUAUCUUAUCCAUUAAUGAAGAAUCUACCACCAAUCUAACUAGCGCCCAGGCAAGAGCCAUGUUAAGGAGACAUUCUCUCAUUGGACCUGACAUAAAAUCUUCUCCAGCACCUGCUGAUGAUCAGGCCCCCUUUUAUGUGGUUACCUAUGUGCCUGCAGAACUUUUGGAAGAGUACAGAGUAAAUUUAGGACACCAAUCUGAGGAAGCAAUGUCACUCGAUAUGUUUUCAUCUUAUACUGCCAGAGAAAUUCCAGAACUCCCAGAACGUGAGGAAGGAGAAGGAGAAGAGAGUGAGCUUCAGAAUGCAGCCUACAGUAGUAACUGGAGUCAGCCAAGGAGGGUUGAACUGUGGAGAGAACCAAACAAAUCCCUGGGCAUCAGCAUUGUUGGUGGACGUGGAAUGGGAAGUCGCCUAAGCAAUGGUGAAGUAAUGAGGGGAAUCUUCAUCAAGCAUGUUCUAGAAGAUAGUCCAGCUGGCAAAAAUGGAACCUUAAAAACUGGAGAUAGAAUAGUAGAGGUGGAUGGAAUGGAUCUCAGAGAUGCAAGCCAUGAACAAGCUGUGGAAGCCAUACGGAAAGCAGGCAACCCUGUACUUUUUAUGGUACAGAGCAUUAUAAACAGAACGAGGCCAGAGUCUGUGUCUAGCCCUUCAUCAGCAUCUGCUCUCUCUGGGCAGAAACCUACUAACCCAUUUUAUCAUCAGUCAUCUCAGAAACCCCCCUUGCCUUCCCUGCCGUACAACCUUCAUACUAAGUACAGUUUCAGCAGCACUAACCCCUUUGCUGAUUCUCUGCAGCUCAACACUGACAAGGGAAUACAGAAUCCAGGUAGAGUUACCUUCCGUUGUUCCCCAACUAACCCUUUUGCUCCCACACCAUUUAAGGCAUCCAGUCAGUUGGAUUCAGAGCCUGAAAAGACUUCAUUCCCCAGCUUGUCUCUGCCCCCUCCUUCAACAUUUUCUGGAAUGAGCAGUGAUGCUGAAGAGUCAUGUUCCAGCAAAGUCUCAGAAGAUGGAGACAAAGAAGAUGAAUUUGGCUACAGCUGGAAAAAUAUCCUUCAGCGCUAUGGAACCCUAUCAGGUGAACUCUUCAUGAUUGAAUUGGAAAAAGGUCGAACUGGUUUGGGCCUGAGUCUUGCUGGAAACAAAGAUCGAUCAAGAAUGAGUGUCUUUAUAGUUGGAAUCGACCCAAAUGGUGCAGCUGGGAAAGAUGGGCGACUGCAGAUUGGAGAUGAACUUCUAGAGAUAAAUGGACAGAUUUUAUAUGGAAGAAGUCAUCAGAAUGCCUCAUCAAUAAUUAAAUGUGCCCCAUCAAAAGUUAAAAUCAUUUUUAUCAGAAACAAAGAUGCAGUGAAUCAGAUGGCUGUUUGUCCUGGUAAAGGACUGGAAGGUUUACCUUCUACCAUAGAGGCUCUUCAGAAUCAGGAGGCUGAAUUGAGUAUUACCAGUUCUGUUACAGCGAUAGACUUCAGUUCUUUUAAAAAUGUUCGUCAUCUGGAACUUCCAAAGGAUCAAGGGGGUUUAGGCAUUGCCAUCAGUGAAGAAGAUACCCUUAAUGGAGUUGUCAUAAAGAGUCUAACUGAUCAUGGAGUAGCAGCAAAGGAUGGACGUAUCAAAGUUGGAGAUCAGAUCUUGGCAGUAGAUGAUGAAGUUGUUGUAGGCUAUCCUGUGGAAAAGUUUAUAAAUCUUUUGAAGACUGCAAAGAACACAGUGAAACUUACUAUUAAUGCAGAGGAUCCAGAAGUCCAGCCUGUCCAGUCAACCCUCAGUGCAUCCAUUGCAGACAAAAAGAACAUCUCACAAGCUCCAGUGAUGCCCCCUUCUGGAUCUCCAGAACCGGAACCUAUCAGAAGCACAAGCAGGUCCUCCACCCCAGCUACUUUCCCUUCUGACCCAGCAACCUGUCCAAUUAUCCCUGGCUGUGAAACAACAAUUGACAUUUCCAAAGGACGAACUGGGCUUGGAUUGAGCAUUGUUGGAGGAGCAGAUACUUUGCUGGGCGCUAUUAUUAUCCAUGAAGUUUAUGAGGAAGGAGCUGCAUGUAAAGAUGGAAGACUUUGGGCUGGGGAUCAGAUUUUAGAGGUGAAUGGGAUUGACCUCAGGAAUGCUACUCAUGAUGAAGCCAUCAACGUACUGAGGCAGACGCCUCAGAAAGUGCGUCUGACUAUCUACAGAGAUGAAGCCCAGUAUAAAGAGGAGGACAUGUAUGAUAUGUUCAAUGUAGAGCUGCAAAAGAAGCCUGGAAAAGGGCUUGGAUUGAGUAUUGUUGGGAAAAGAAAUGAUACUGGAGUAUUUGUGUCAGACAUUGUGAAAGGAGGAAUUGCAGAUAUGGAUGGAAGAUUGAUGCAAGGAGACCAGAUAUUAAUGGUGAAUGGGGAGGAUGUUCGUAAUGCCACUCAGGAAGCUGUUGCGGCAUUGCUAAAGUGUUCUCUAGGUACAGUAAGACUGGAAGUUGGAAGAAUCAAAACAGGUCCAUUCCAUUCAGAGAGGAGGACAUCCCAAAGUAGCCAGAUGAGUGAAGGAAGCCUGUCAUCCUUCACUUUCCCUCUUUCUGGAUCCAACACAUCAGAGGCAUUUGAUGGUGUUUCAAAGAAGAAUGCUUUGGCUUUGGAAAUACAAGGAUUAAGAACAGUUGAAAUAAAAAAGGGUCCUGCUGACUCACUGGGAAUCAGCAUUGCUGGAGGCGUAGGCAGUCCACUUGGUGAUGUCCCAAUAUUCAUUGCCAUGAUGCAUCCGAAUGGAGUAGCUGCACAGACCCAGAAACUCAGAGUUGGGGAUAGGAUUGUGAGUAUCAGUGGAACUUCAACUGAGGGUAUGACUCAUUCCCAAGCAGUAAGCUUACUGAAAAAUGCUUCUGGCUCCAUUGAAGUACAGGUGGUUGCUGGAGGAGAUGUUAGUGUUGUCACCAGCUCACAACAGGAACCAGCCGGCUCUAGUCUUUCCUUUACAGGCUUGACAUCAAACAGUAUUUUUCAGGAUGAUUUGGGCCCUCCUCAAUAUAAGAGUAUUACUCUAGACCGAGGACCAGAUGGUCUGGGCUUCAGUAUAGUGGGAGGAUAUGGCAGCCCUCAUGGAGACUUACCCAUUUAUGUUAAGACAGUAUUUGCAAAGGGAGCUGCCGCUGAAGAUGGGCGUUUGAAAAGGGGUGAUCAGAUAAUUGCUGUCAAUGGGCAGAGCUUGGAAGGGGUGACCCAUGAGGAAGCAGUUGCCAUCCUGAAGAGGACAAAAGGCACUGUCACUCUGACCAUUCUCUCCUGACCUGAGCUGUCCUAGUUGGGUCAUCAGAACACCACGUUGAAUAUUCCUUCUACUUAGUAAAGAGAAUAGUUUUGGUUUUUUUCUGUUACUUUUUUUCCACCUCAUCUUUACUUAACUCUCCAGUUGUGCCAGAGGACAGUGACAUUCAAUGAUACACUUUUUCCUCAUUUUAAAAAUAUUUGUCAUAUAGUCAAUUCCUGUGGUGUCUUUGUGGACCUAGUAUUGAAUAUGUUUACUUGGCCAUUAUCCCCUGUUAUUCCCCUUUUCACCCCCUAGUUAUUGUUUUUAAUCCCCAAGGAGGAAAUAUGUAAGUAACCCCAUAGUGUCUCUGCAAAGAUAUAUGAAAUUUUGUAAAGGAUAAAGCAGAAAUAUUAUGUGGUAAAAUAGUUCCUAGAGACAUAAAAAUAUAUGGACUUUUUGAGGGGUAAGUGUUGGUAGAAUUCAGGGUAAAAAAGGAAAUGUAGGUUUUUAAAAAGUUGUGUCUGAUCUGGCAAACAUUCCAUCUCCUACUGCAAACACAUAUACAAAUUGUUCUCUGGUGUGCAAAGCUGCAAUGAAUUUUUUCAGUAAUGCCCUUAGCUUAAGUAUUGCACAAUUUGGAUGAGGAUUUCUCUUUGCCCUCUAUCCAUUACUGCUGAAUCAGGCUUUCUAAACUUAGGUUGGGGACAGUCAGGAUAUAAAACAGCAUCUCUAAAUGUUUUUGAAGAAAAAAUGUUUUACAGCUCUUAGGAAUUUUCCUGUUCACUAAUGACCUAUUCUAGGAUAGAUUCCCAUUGCUGUAGGCAUUUGCUUCCACUACUCUGCAAUAUAUAUUUUUCUGCAGGAAGCAGCCAGGCUAAAAAUGGAGUGGCAUAUAGAAAACCUGAAAUAUUUCAAGUGCUAGUUUUAACUACCAAGGCAACACUAAAAAUGUGUUAAUGAUCUGGGUGAUUGGCUUAACAAUUAGUAUUAAUUUUAAUGUCUGAAAACAACAGUGUGUUAGUAAUUAUUUUGGUGAUAAGCCAUUAGUAAAUUCAUAGAAAAAUUAAGGGGAUUAACAUAACUUCAUUUCAUUACUUCCUAUUAACAUCUUAUAGUACAAUAGCCUCAGACCAAGGAAAACAGAUGGGACUGUUUAUUGAGACAACUGGUGAGGCAUUAUCAUGUGUUCUUUCCCAUUUUAGAGCGUGAAACUCCUACAUUAGAAUAUGUAAAGUCACUUUAAAUAUUAUCUAUAUUUGUAACAGAAGUAGUGUACAGAUAUUUUAUUACUGCAUUCUUGUGCAAAUGCAGAACUGAAGUGAAUAAAUAUGAGGCUGUCUCACUGGUGUACAAAUAAAGAAACAGAUGUAUGUUUUGUUUUAAUGGGAA